GAAGCUUGAAAGUCCCCAUUGCUCUUUGUACGACUUUGCAAAUCUAAAUGGGCUGACGCUGAUUCCUGGCCUGGCUUCUAAUCAAUUCCAAAUUGGUGAUUGAUAGUGUGUGGAGAAGCAUUUUAUUUAACAGAAGAGCAGUUAGUUUUAACUAUAUAGUUAAUGAUUUUGCCUUCAAUUCUCUCCGCGUGGCUUCUCAAUAGUUGUUGGUUGGUCGGGGAUUGAGUUCGUUUGGAGGACCUUGCUUGCUUGCUACCCAAUCGAAGCUAAUGCGCAUUAGGUAAUCAAGUUUGGAAUUUAUUUCUCUCUUUGUUUGGAAUAAUUAAAUUGUUCGUGGUGAACUUUAACAUCGAUAAAACUAGAUUAAUUUGGUGUGCCUGAGAAGAAUUUGAGAAAAUGCCGAUGAAACAGCGUCGAAUAGCAGUUUUGGGGUUCCGGAGCGUGGGCAAGAGUUCGUUAACUAUUCAAUUCGUUGACGGACAAUUUGUCGACUCGUACGAGCCAACGAUAGAAAAUACGUUCAACAAGAAUCUGAAGUUGAGGGGACAAGAGUACCAAUUGACAUUGGUUGAUACAGCAGGACAGGAUGAGUAUUCCAUCUUUCCGACCCAGUACUCCAUGGAUAUUCACGGUUAUGUCCUCGUCUACUCCAUCACGGAUCCAAGAUCGCUCGAGGUUGUCCAGAUAAUUUACGACAAACUGUUGGACAUGACGGGAAAAGUGAAUGUGCCCAUCGUCCUAGUAGGAAAUAAAAAAGACCUUCAAACCGAGCGAAAGAUAAGCCAAGAACAAGGGAAAAAGUUGGCCGACUCGUGGAAAGCCAUUUUCCUUGAAGCAUCUGCCAAAAAUAACGACUCAGUUACAGACAUCUUUAACACUAUUUUAGGCCACAUUGAAAAAGCAGAUUCGGGAGGAAGUAAUGGGCAAAGUAGUGGGAAGGAGAGUAAUUGUGUCAUAUCAUGAUUUAAGUGAUUCCUCUAGGUCAUUUCAAUACGAGAUACACAACUUGUUGAAGGGUUUACAAAGCUUGGAAAAAUAUAAGGUCGUUAAAAAUGAAAUUGUUCAUUUAGAUAAAAAAAAAUAUCAGCUUAUUAUUUUAAACUAUUAUUUUGCAAACAAUAUGGAACCAUAUUUUUAAUUGUUCAGAAGUUAUGAAUUAGAACUAGCAGUAUGAGUUUGAUUUUAUCCGUGUUCUUUUUUUGGUUUUGGGGUGCAUCUUGGAGUACAUUACGUUUCUGUAAACCUUUGUGUAUGUAGUCGGUAUAUUAUAACGAGUUUAUUAUUAUGAUUAAUUAGUAAGUAGGUAGUUGGUUAAAAAACGAUACGUUCAUCCAAUCUUGUCUUAUCUAAUAACCACUCCGACGGUAUUCUCAACUUGAGAUAUUUAUAACUCGUACAGUAACGUAAUGUUUUUAAGAUGUUGUAUUUACUCAUUUAAUUACUUAAAUGUAUGAAUAUUUUAUUACAACGGAGAUAGCUUUAAUAAAAUUUUCCAAACUUACACAAAGCUGCAUAGUGUAUGAUAAAAGAUGAAAUGAAACUAAUCCCAUGAAAAAAAUCUAAAUGAAUAGAAUGUAUUUAGAUUAAUCCUACAUGAAAAUACAUAAGAAUGGCAUGAUUUCUGUACAUAUGAGUUUCGCAGAUAUGUAGGCAUGGUUGAAGAAAUAUGUCCUCAUUGUAUGUAUUGAAAUAGUGAUUUAAUUAUAAUUAUAAGUUACAUAAAUAAAUUUAUUUUUGAUUCAUAAAAAUUAA